UAACCCUGUCUAUAAUAUAUAUAUAUAUAUAUAUAUAUAUCAUCUUUAUUGGAUUGCCUGUCAUUAACAAAACACGGGUCUUUACGCAGUUUUAGAUCUCAGCCGUUUAUUGAAAACCAAACACCUUAGUUUACACUAUGAUAACCAAUAUUAAAUAAAAAUCUGGUCCGUAAAUUCCAAAACAGAAAUUCAAGGGAGGGGAUGAACCAAACCAAAUCCAAAUGCAUGCAAGCAAGCAAGCAAAAGACAAGUGAAGUGGGCGAGGUCAACGUGGCAACGUAUUACGUAUUUAGCUUUCCAACGUUUUCUUUGUUCUCAGUAUUUCCUCAGAAUUUGAUCUAGUAUAUAUAUUCUGUUCUGUUCCUGUCUCUUUUUCAUCUCACGUUCCCUCUGCAUCUUUUCCACAUAAUAAUCAUGUCUUCUAAAUCCCGAGAUGUUUGUAUUGUCGGUGUUGCAAGGACCCCAAUGGGUGGUUUCCUUGGCUCCCUAUCAUCUCUUUCAGCAACACAACUAGGCUCACUUGCUAUUAAGUCUGCUCUCAAGAGAGCCAAUGUUGAUCCAUCACUUGUGCAAGAGGUGUUUUUUGGGAAUGUUCUUAGUGCUAAUUUAGGGCAGGCUCCUGCUAGACAGGCUGCAUUAGGUGCUGGAAUACCUACAUCUGUUAUCUGCACUACCAUUAACAAGGUCUGUUCAUCAGGGAUGAAAGCUACCAUGAUUGCUGCACAGACUAUUCAGUUGGGUCACAAUGAUGUUGUUGUGGUUGGUGGUAUGGAAAGCAUGUCAAAUGCACCUAAGUACAUUGCGGAAGCAAGGAAGGGAUCUCGCCUAGGACAUGAUACUAUCAUUGAUGGUAUGCUCAAAGAUGGCCUUUGGGAUGUCUAUAAUGACUUCGGCAUGGGAGUUUGUGGAGAAAUGUGUGCCGAAAAGCAUGCCAUAACUAGAGAUCAGCAGGACUCUUAUGCCAUUCAAAGCUUUGAGAGAGGAAUAUCUGCACAAAAUGGUGGUCAUUUUGCUUGGGAGAUAGUUCCGGUUGAAAUUUUCAACGGAAGAGGAAAGCCUCCCACACUAGUUGAUAAGGAUGAAGGUUUGGGGAAGUUUGAUGCUGCAAAGUUAAGGAAGCUUGGACCAAACUUUAAAAAGGUUGGGGGUACUGUGACUGCUGGCAAUGCUUCUAGCAUAAGUGAUGGUGCCGCUGCAUUAGUGCUUGUGAGCGAAGAGAAGGCACGAGAGCUUGGUUUACAUGUAAUUGCAAAGAUAAAAGGAUUUGCUGAUGCAGCUCAGGCACCCGAAUUAUUUACAACUGCUCCUGCCCUGGCAAUCCCAAAAGCUAUAUCAAAUGCUGGUCUUAAGGCUUCUCAAAUUGAUUAUUAUGAAAUAAAUGAAGCUUUUUCUGUUGUGGCCCUUGCGAAUCAGAAGCUUCUCAGUCUUGAUCCUGAAAAAGUUAAUGUGCAUGGAGGAGCUGUAUCAUUGGGACAUCCUUUGGGUUGCAGUGGAGCUCGCAUCUUAGUUACAUUAUUAGGGGUGUUGAGACAUAAGGGUGGAAAGUAUGGUGUUGGUGCCAUUUGCAAUGGGGGAGGAGGUGCAUCUGCUCUAGUCGUUGAGCUCAUGCAAGGUGCCACUUGGAGACGUUCGUCAUUGUGAUAAAGAUCUCCUUACAUCACACUGCUUUCCAACACUGCUACAACAUUUUUGGAAGGACAAAACAUGUAGGUCGGUUUAACAGAAGAAAUGGUCACCAUUUGUUAUGUCUUUUUAUGAGCUAUAUCUAAAGGUUAUCAAUGCAAAGUUGAGAAGAGAGAAUAGAGAAAUAUGUUCUAGUCUGAAAUCUGACAUGAAGAUUUAGUGUACAUUUGGAUUGUCAAUGAGUUUAACUGAAUCACAGAGUCACUGUGAUUUUGGCAAAAACUACACGUAAUAACUUCAAGUUCAACAAAAUCAUUGUCACCAUGAUUUAAUCAAAUUUAUUGUGAUUCCUAAUG